AUGCUUCAAUCACUCAAAGACCGCUCGAGCUUUGGAGGAUACAUACGCUUUGUGAUCCGCAUCUUCCAAUUCGUACUCGCAAUCACCGUCAUCGGACUUUACGGCUACGAUCUCGACAAUGCGAGAAGAGCGCACGUAGGCGCGGACCCGAAAUGGACUUAUGCGGUCGUGGUCGGCGCUCUCUCUGCCAUUAGUGUAUUCUUCUUUCUCUUCAAGUAUACCCUGAGGUUUUUCUGGGAUGCGGUUAUGCUGUCCAAGGGCGAGUGGAGGGAUUAUACAGAGCAAGUGUUUGCGGAGUGUAGGUUGAUCAAGGAGAGAAAGUAUGCUAGGGAGGAUGAUGCAGAGCAGCAGAGGGAGCAAGAGCCAGAGCUUGGAGAUGAGGGUUGGAUAUUGCCUGAUGAGUUGUUGCCGGAAGCUCUAUUGGUUGAAGAGCUUGUGGCACAGGAAAAGACGCUGGAGCAAACGGAGGCUUCGUAUCAGCUGCCGGGUUCCAUUCAUGUUGAUUGA